UAUAAUCAAGCAGGCAAAUGAUGGAGAUACAAACCAAAUGUCAGACAAGGAAAAAAAGGAAGACGAUGAAUUGCAUCAGGCUAUCCUCAAUUAUAAUGGAGAUUUAUCAGAAGAUGAAGAAGACAAUCCUAUGAAAUUAAACGAAGCGGUCAGCAAAAGAAUGCGCAUUGAUAGAAAUUAUCAUAAGAGAUUCACGGUGCCAGCGGCUCUGAUCGAUCGAGCACAGCUUCUUAAACAUCAACGACAGGGGAUCUUUGUCUACCAAUGCGAAUCAUGUCGCGAAAAACAGAAAAAAAGGGAAUAUUAUCUAUUCAGUACAGGAAUAGAAGGACUAUCUGUAUUGACUAUAGAAUUAUGUGCUGAGGAUCUUGACAAAAAUAUCUCUUUAGGAAUGCAUUACUCUGGAUAUUUUGGUAAGUUUAAAUUUAUUACGAAAAUCGAAAAUAUUUUAGGACAUUCUAAUAAUGGACGGCAAUCAGGCUCGAAAAUGUCAAUGCUUGAUCUUGGUAAUAGUAUUUCUUAA